UUAUUAGUAUACUAUACGCUGUCCUCUGGCCACUGUAUAUAAUCCGUCAAAGCUGGCUCCAUGAUUCUAUAAAUAACUAGUUUCAUCACUUGCAUAGUUGCAUCUAACCAUCUAUAUCUCUAUAUAUAAGUACAUGCAACACAGCACAAUAGAAGUAGAAGCGAUCAAAUACAAUAAGUCCGUUUCGAUGAUGACUUGUGGCUUUUGGUUGGUGAUGCUCCUAGGUGUUCUCAUGUCUCUGAUAGGAGUAGGACUCAUUACAAACCAUUUUUUACCUUUGUUGUUAUCAAAGCUUAAUGGCUAUGUACUUCCAAAAGGGACUUUUAGCUGGCCUCUUCUUGGUGAAACCCUCUCUUUUCUCAACCCUCAUCCAUCCAAUUCUAUUGGCACUUUUCUUCAGCUCCAUUGCUCUAAGUAUGGGAAAGUGUUCAAGUCCCAUCUGUUCUUGACACCAACCAUAGUGUCUUGUGAUGAGGAGCUCAACUACUUGAUCCUACAGAAUGAAGACAAGUUGUUUCAGUGUAGCUAUCCAAAGCCCAUCCAUGGAGUGCUGGGGAGCUUGUCAAUGCUAGUGGCAGUGGGUGACACUCACAAGAGGCUUAGGAGUGUGGCUCUGUCUCUUGUCACAACCACAAAAUCAAACCCUCAAUUCUUGAGUGACAUUGAGAACACUGCUAUUCAGAUUUUGGAUUCUUGGAAACACAAAAAGCAAAUCCUCUUCUGUGAAGAGGCUAGAAAGUUUACAUUCACUGUAAUAGUAAAACAGGUGCUAGGGUUAAGCCCUGAUGACCCACAAACCUCAGGAAUCCUCAAGGAUUUUCUUACCUUCAUGAAAGGGCUCAUUUCACUUCCACUAUACAUUCCUGGGACUCCUUAUGCAAGAGCUGUUAAGGCUAGAAGAAGAAUAGCAUCUACUGUCAAAGCAAUUAUUGAGGAAAGAAGGAAGAAUAGUACUACUGCUCCAAGUUCAUCACAAGAUAGCAGCACAAGGGGUUUUGAUUUCUUAGAGAUCCUCUUAUGUGUUGAUGCCUUAUCUGAAGAUGAAAAAGUUAGCUUUGUUCUUGAUUCUCUACUUGGUGGUUAUGAAACCACUUCUUUGUUGAUGGCCAUGGUGGUUCACUUCCUUGAUCAGUCCACUACUGCACUUGAACAUUUAAAGUUGGAGCAUCAGAAUAUAAGAAACAUGAAGAAUAUCAACGAUGUUUCUUUGAACUGGGAAGACUAUAAGAAAAUGGAAUUCACACAACAUGUCAUCAAUGAAGCUUUAAGGUACGGGAACGUUGUCAAGUUUGUGCACCGAAAGGCUCUUAAAGAUGUUAAGUUUAAAGAUUUUGUAAUUCCAUCAGGAUGGCAAGUCCUACCAGUUCUCAGUGCAGUCCAUUUAGACAAGACUCUCCAUGCAGACGCUUCCCAAUUUCAUCCUUGGAGAUGGGAGAAUCAAGAACAAACUUGCAAGAAGUUCACCCCUUUUGGUGGGGGAACAAGAUGCUGCCCUGGCUCUGAACUUGCUAAAGUUGAAGUUGCAUUCUUCCUCCACCACCUUGUACAAAAGUUCAGAUGGAGAACAGAAUGUGGUGACUUACCUUUUGCAUACCCAUAUGUAGAAUUCCCAAGGGGUUUGCCACUAUAUGUUGAGGAGAUUGAAUCUAACGGCGCUGUCGAUAAAAAGGAAAAUUAAGGCCUUUCUUCAAUUUAAUUUUGUUUCCUAGAAAACUAUGAAGUAUUGUAAUAUAUGAUUUUCUCACUAGUAUAUAUAUAAAUCAGAUGUUUUUAUGUUC